AUGCAAUUAUCAAUCAGACCUUGAGUUCGAAGUCAUGACACGAGUUCGGUAAGUUGCUGAGAAUGCUGCUGUCUUCGUCGUCAUCCAAUGAACAACCUUCAUCAAUUUGAGAAGAAAUGGUUGUGUCCAGCAAUGACGUUCUGGUUUGUGAUGGUGUCGAAAUCAGUCAAGGUGGACAUUGUUUGCUGGAAGUCCGAGUCUGACCCUGUUCGAAGUAAACGGAGCGGUAAUCCGCGUCUGAAAUAA